CGAUUGGCUGCGCCGCCGAUGUCACUUGGUACCGUCUUAUUAUUGUUCAGUACUCAUUCAAUUAUCAGUGAUCAGUGUCAGCGUUCGCAGUUGACAAUAAUAAAUUUAUUAUUUUCAUUGAGUACUAAAAUAAUUAAAUCAAGCGGUUAUGAAUAAUACGGUAAAUGGGCAACCGAAUGUAAAAAUGACAAGUGUACAAAUCGGAGGUUUUUUUUAAAAGGUAUAGGUAAGAUAUUUUUACUGUGCUGUUACUGUUAAAUAAAAGCAGUUCAUGCGAUCCAGCAUGAUUAUAAUCUUUAUCAAUAACGAUCUUUGACUCUGCGCGUUAUCAGAUUUCGAUUUUAAACUUCCGAUGAAUUUUUAAUAGAUAUUUGACGUCAUGGGUUAAAUAAACGUACGAUUACAUUCGUAUAAAUUGUUCAAUACACCGUGCAGUACAGAACAGUUGGCCGACCGCUGUGUUCAGAUCCUUCCGAAUUAGCGACUAUUAUUUCGUGAUUUACAGCCAUGGGUGUCGUUCCGGCCGAACCGUUCCAAUACACCAACGCGGCGAACAAUUUCUCGUUCUCGUUGUUCAAGGUGAACAAACAUUGUUUCGUUAUUUUGAGAGUCAUCAUUCUCAAUAUCAUUACCAUGUAAUGUAUUUAAUUUUCGUCUGUCUCCGUAAACAGGAAUUGUCCGCAAACGCCGAAGGUAACGUAUUCGCAUCCACUUACAGCGUCAAUUUGCUACUAUUGCUCUUGACCAUCGGGGCCCAGACCAAGACCGGUCAACAGCUCAAGUCAUUGUUACGACUGCCCAAAGAAUCAACGCAGUACGAGGAAAUCAGCGCUUUUAUCGAAAAAACUCAAGUAAGACGACGGUAUUAAAUCAUUGCGAUAUUUUGGAAAGUAGGUAUUAACUUCUUUUCAAUUUCUUUUUCAUAAUCUAUAUUAAAAAUCCAUAAAUUGAUGGAAUAAGUAUUAGUUAAAAUAUGUGUUGAUGUUGAAACUUUUGAUUUCCGUUAACCUGUAGACGAGAUAUUCUACUUUUAAGUUUUAGUGGGGCAAUUCAUUCCAUAACUUUAAUGGAGUAUCAUUUGUGUGGUGGUACUUUAAAUAAUUAACCACUCUUCUCUCCAUAUUCAUAAGUAAAAUUGGAAUAUUUCGUUAUCGAGUUGACGGAUUUAAAUAACUUCAAUACCGAAAUGUAUUUAAACUAAUAUUCCGUCUAUUUGUGGAAUUUUUAAUGUAGGUUGCUAUAUGAAAAUUGAAACUAUAGGUAGUUGGUUCACUCCCAAUAAUAAGGAUAACAAACGUAACAUUUCAGAGCUAAUUUUUUCCUAUAAAAUAGAAUAUAGUUAAAAAAAAAAAUGCAAAAAAAGUUAACACUUUCUAAAAUCGUGCAAUGGUAACAUAAUCGAGGGACAUCAUUAGAUUGUUAACAGUUUAUACUAUUUAGCAGGAGAAUCGUUAAAAAAUCAACUUUAUCACUUAACCCUCCAACGUGUGAAUUUUGUAUGGCUAUUCAUAUUUUUUAAAUUAAUUCCUUUCUCUAAUAAUAUGGGAAGAAUAACCAAAUAUUUAUUAGUCCUGUAGUCAUUUGUAGAAAAUGAGUUUUUAGUGUGCUGUAAAUAUUCAACAUUGUGCAAUAACUGUUUUUAAUAUAACCAUAGACAAACCAAUUUAUUAAAUAUCAUUAUUUUCAUAAUUAUUAAAGCAUUACAAUCUUUAAAAUUAAAUUAAUAAUAAUAAUGAAAAAAACAUUAAACUGGUACCGUAGAUAACAUCUUUUAUCAGAGUACAAAUUUCAAUAUACAGGGUGAUUCACUAAGUGUACUCAUCUCAUUUUUUUUAUUAAAUUUUGCAUAUAUUCAAAAUCUUAUUUUUAGAAUUUUUAAGUAUAGCCAAAUUCGAUAUUUCAAAACUCUUAAAUUUUCCACAACAUUUGAAGAGUAUCCUAUUUUAAUACCGACUUUGGUUUUUCAAAUGAGAACUUAUAUUAAAAUUUCUAAAAAUAGAUGAAGUAUUAAUUUAAAUAAAUUUUGGUGUCAGAAUAUUUGAUUCCCGUUAAACCAUUGACGAAACUCAAGUUCGACUUUUAAGUUAAGGCAAGAGGAGAGUAGUACUAUUAAAACGCGGUUCGCUAAUCACUACUCGCCCCUACCAUAAGUUGUUGAAAAUGAAAAGUUGAAUUUAUCGUCAACGGUUUGACGGAAAUUAAAAACGUUGACACCGAUAUUUAUUUAAAUUAAUACUUUAUCUGGAAUUUUAAAUUUAGGUUCUCAUUUAAAAAACCAAAGUUGGUAUCACUAUAGGAUACUCCUUAAAUGUUAUCAAAAAUCUGAGUUCACGAAAAUAUCGGUUGUAACUACAAUUAAAAAUUUCAAAAAUCAGAAUUAUGCAAAAUUUAACCAAAAAAAUGGGAUGAGCAUGCUUAGUGAAUCACUCUGUAUAUCUAAUAGUAAUAAUAAUAAUAAUAAUAAUAAUAAUAACAAUAAUAAUAAUAAUAAUACUAAUGAUAAUAAUAGUAAUAGUGCAAACAUUAAACAUUUUUAAUCACUAAUUAGUCUUCACUAUUAAAACUCAAUUAAUACGAUGUUUCUAAUAUUGCUAAUGACAAGUAUUUAUAACUUAGUUUUGUAGUUUAUAGAUCUGUUUAUUUCUAGCCAACUAUGAACAGCAAAAACCGUUGGAAACCUUAAUCGUUUUGUAAAUUUACUUUCGUUCGGUAGUAACACGCGUCAAAUAUAUAUGAAUAUUAUUUAUAUUCGAUUAACGAACAAAGCUAAUAAUGUUUUGUACACAGAAAUAAUACGUAACGCAAUAAUCCUAUUAUAUUUAUCAAUUGUAUUAUUCGAAUGCAUCUGUAUUGACAUCAGUUGAUGCUUUUCGAAUCCAUCACGAAAUCCAUCGUUAAAGGCAUGAAACACGUAUAUUGUACAGUUACAGUUAUUGAUUGCCUAUGUCUAAUCGUUUCUUUUUUUUAUUAAAAUUUUAGUAGACAUGGUAAUUCUAAAGAGCGUGCCAUUGUUGUAGGUGAGAAGUUGGGAAGGUAGAAUACAUUCCUGUAGUUUUUCAAUUGAUAUCUGUUUUGAAACUAUUACUAAUGAAAAUCAACUAUAAACGAAAUUUGAAUGAUUGGAUGAAACACUGUAAUUUGUACGGCGUUCGUCAAAUUUUGAACAUAAGAUGCUUAUUUAUAUGAUGCAAGAUUUCUGGUUGAAAAACAUUAAACAUAAUGGACAUUUUAUUACUAUAAUUUGACUGUUUUGUCAAUACAAUUUCCCCCGAUUGUUGUGAAAACUGCAAGAAAAAAAUCAAAAAAUAACAUUUCCAAUGGUACAUGCUUUAUAUUACAUAAUAUACUGGUAUUUUUUUUUUUAUAUAUAUAUAUAUAUAUAUAUAUAUAUAUAUUUAUCCACGGGUCUUCAAAAUACCUCGACUUAAACAGAGUCACAAACACGUAUAAGCACAAAAAUCUAUUUGCAAAAUAUGUUCGUUCUUAAUAAACAAGUAUGUGGUUAACUCGUCAGAAAGUUCUCAUCAUUCGUUUACUGAAAAAUUCAUACAUUUCAAAUUCGAUUAGAACAAAUAUAAUAAAUCCAUAUAAAUUUUUAUCGUGUGUAAAAAAUGAAGUAUUACAUUCAAACUGACUGAUGUCGUGUUGAUGAACUUAAACGUUUUUUCGGUUUUCUUAUUUAACUGUAGUCUUUCCAAUAUUAAGUAUAAUAAUACAAAGAUGUGGAAUAAUGUUCGAAAACGUUUUGGUCAAAUUCAUUAUAUUCUUAUAGGACACAUUUCAUAACAGUUUAACCAUCGCCAAUGCAAUUUUUUCGGAUAAAUCAUUCGAAUUAAGUGCAGAUUACGAGAACCAGGUUCGUGGUUACUUGAAGUCGGAAGUGAAGAAAAUUGAUUUCAGUGGAAAUCCAUUGGCUGGUGAAUCGGAGAUUAAUGAAUGGACGAACAAAAAAACCAAUGGAAAAAUCAAUAAACUCUUCGACAGUGGUAAUAAAUCAUAUUGCACAAAUAAAUACUAGUUGUUAUAAUAUAAUAUGGGAAAAUCUAAUCCAGUAUAAAAAAACUGUUAACAAAGUCGUAUUUAUCGAGUCUCGAUUCUCAAAACUACAGGUUUGAUUAAUAAAAAUAGACGGACAGGUUUCUCAAUAUGGGUAGGCCAUUGCUGUAGGUGAGGGAUUGGGUAGAUAGGAUAAAGAGAAGAAUGUGUAAACGUAUUUUUUAUGUGAUCAUUGUAAACGAAAAACAAUUCUGAGCGGAAUUCGGUAAAACAUAAUAUUUUAAAAGGUACAAUAUUUACAAUAUUCGUUAAAAUUUGUUAUUUCAAUUCUUAUAAAAAAAAUUCAAAAUAACAUUACAUAUUUUUUACUGCAAAAUACGACUAUGAUGAGAAUUGUUAUAUUUUCAAAGCAUUUUUCUAUUAAAACUAUUAAUUGACAGUUUCAUCUACAUAAUACUAACCGAAUAUUGUAAACAACGUAAGAAAAUUUCAAUAAUAAAAUGUCUAUAAAUAGCUCAGAAAUAUCUUAAAUAUAUUGAACAUUUUCCCAUGCCUAGAAAAGGUAAAUAUAAGUCUCUCUGAAUAUUUUUGUCUUCACAUAAAGAAAAAAAAAAUUGAAAAAAAUACAUUUUUUAAAUUUUCCCGUUUUUACUACUUUUUUUACCCCGGGUUUUCCAAAUUAUUAUGAAAAUUUCCAUCAAAAAUUUCAAAAUGAUCUUCUUAAAAAAGAAGGGUAUUUUAAUUGAAAAUUAAACUAAUAAUUCUGGUAGAAAAGUUUUACACGUAUAAGGAUAGCUGAAAUAUUUGAUAUUUGACUAAUGUAUAUUUGAAAUAAAUAUUUUCUGCGUGUAGAAUAAAUCGAUAUUGGACUACAAUCGCCAAAAUAAAUUCUCAAAUUGUCGAGUAUUUAUCACGUAUCUAACAUAAUAUUUCGUCCGCAAAAAUCUAAGUGUGUGUUUAUAGGUACCAUUGAUUCGAGCACGGUGAUGGUGUUAGCGUCUGCCGUGUACUUUAAGAACAAGUGGACAAAUCAAUUCAAAGAAACCAAGAAAAGUAAGUGGUGUCUAACUGCUAAAGACCACAUCGAUAUCCAAAUGAUGCACCAGACCGGUGAGUUCACGUACUACAAAGACGAUCAGAACAAAUUUGCCGCAGUCUCAUUACCAUACGCGGUAUGAAUAAGUAUAGCCUAAAUAUAUUUAAACCAUUUAAGGGAGGGGACUCGAUUUUCUUCUUUUCUGAGAAAAUCUAAAGUAGCAAGUAAAAACCCAAAAAUAUUUAAAAUUCGUCAUUGAAGUACUCAAUUGUAAUGGCAAUAAUAUGUUUUCAAACAGAACGGCGGUUACAAAAUGUUGGUCUUGUUGCCGGACAACAUGGAUGGUGUCAAAGCGUUGGAAAACUACUUUUUGAGCGAUUCCUCGCAUUUCUACAAUUUGCUAGAGAAACUCACUGUGCACAAGGUCGUCUUAACCCUGCCGAAAUUCAAAUUUGAAUCAAAAUUCGAUCUCAAGUCGUCCUUAAAUAACGUAAGUGUAAUACAUAUAGGUGUAUUGACAUUUCAAUUUAAGUAGAAAUAUUAAUACAUUGGAAAGCUAACAGGAAAACCCUAUUCACUUCCCCAAUCUAUAAGAAAAGAUGUUUCGGACAUGGUUAUAUUUUCUGAAAAGCCUUGACGAAUUAAUUUGUAUUAUUAUAAAAUUUGGAUUAAUUUAAACUAAUCAUAUACAAAUAUAUUCUAACAAAUAGAGAUCGACAUAGAAAUCUUCCGAUUUCGUAACACGUAAUAUUACAAUGCAUUUUUUAACCCAUUUGAAUUAUUCUGAUAGUUUUUAUUUCAAAUUUAGUGUAUUCAAAAUAUAUUUCGUCAUUCAAAUAAAGAUAUUUUUAUCGGCGGAUUAUUUGGAGUAUAUGGAUUUAAGUCUAACUGUCAGGAUGCUAUUAUUGUAUUACGAAUAUUUUCAAUUUUGUUAUUUAACCAUCGGACUUUGUUCGUUCAGUGUUUGUUUUUUGAACAUAAAUAUUAUAACAUGGACUUUGUCAAUUAUCGUACCUACUAUGCAAACAUACCAAAAAAAUAACAACUAAACAAUUAUUUGAUUUUAAGAAAAAAAGGCAAUAAAAAUAUAGAUUUUUCUUUCAUCAAAACGAUCAAACUUUUUCGAAAGAAUUGAUUUCGUUAUAUGACUACGGUGUAUCGGUUUUUCAUUGUGAAAAAUGAUCUCGAAUUUUCAAAACUCGCCAUUGUUUUGACAUUCUUAAUUUAAAAACAAACAAAGAACAUCGAUUAACACUAUAGUAACAUUGCGUCGGCUUAAUUUUGUACAUACUUUUCUUUAUGAUAAAAUGCUAAAUACUGUUUCACACAGUUGGACUGCGGUGAGAUGUUCACCUCGAAAGCCGAUUUCUCCAAGAUGUCUUCCUCCGGCAGAAGUAAUUUGAAAGUUGACAAAAUUCAACAUAAAUCAUACGUGGACGUCAACGAAGAAGGGACGGAAGCCGCUGCUGUUACCGGUAUGGAUACCUAUUACAAUCGUAUUUUUCGGUUUUAAAUAAUUAUUUUCCAAAUAAUAAUCGAAAAUUUUGCAAUAAAAAACGGCACUAACGCAUUUUUUAUAUUUUUGUAGGUGCCUCCAUUGUUUUGUAUAGCGCACAUCGUUAUUUUAAUCUCAAGACCGUUAAUUUCCACGCAUGUCAUCCGUUCCUGUUCAUUAUCGUACAAGGUACCGAUAUCAUAUUCAUGGGAAAAUUGGUCAAUCCCAACGUGUAGAUUUUAAUUUAACAUAUUAUACUUAAAUUAGUAUAUUUUAUAUUUAUCUACCAAAGGCAUCAUCCGUAUAAAUAAACUCAUAUUAAGGAUGUGAUUUCAACGCAAUUUGCAUUGUUUUUCCAAAUCUAGCUGUGAAAUGUUCGUUUUAUUGUUUCAAUAAUCAGUUGAAUGUAUUUUUCAACGAGAAUUAAAUAAUGUGUUUUUUCGAAUUUUGUAUAAAUAUUCCCAUUUCAAGUGAUUUUAUCUAUUAUUAUAAUACCCAUAUAGGGUUUUCGGGCUUGUUGUGAGAUCUCCCGACAA